UGUUGAUGAUCUUUAAUUCCCUCCCAAAGCACCUCCCUUCUCCUUUGCCGUUUGCCAGGUCCUCGCUCUCUCUCUCUCACUCCACUGCGUUCUCCAGAAUCUGUCUUCGUGUUUAAGGGAAACAGUAACACGUGUCCUGAACCUGACAUACGGAGAAGAUGCAUGAGACAACCUCUGCAAAGGACAUAAGGAAGUCUUUCAUAGACUUCUUUGUGAAGAAGAAAAACCAUGAAUAUGUUCACUCUUCAUCCACCAUACCGUUUGAUGACCCUACGCUGUUGUUUGCCAAUGCUGGCAUGAAUCAGUUCAAGCCCAUAUUUUUGGGCACAGCAGACCCCAAUAGUGACCUCUUCCACAUGGUCAGAACCACUAACACCCAGAAAUGCAUCCGUGCUGGUGGCAAGCACAAUGACCUGGAUGAUGUCGGCAAAGAUGUUUACCAUCACACGUUCUUUGAGAUGCUUGGAAAUUGGUCGUUUGGUGACUACUUCAAAAAAGAGAUUUGCACUUGGGCUUGGGAGUACCUGACUGAGGUGUGCAAGCUUCCUAAGGAAAGGCUGUAUGUUACAUACUUUGGUGGAGACAAAAAAGCUAAUCUCUUGCCUGACGAUGAGUGCAAGCAGUUGUGGAUCAAACUUGGAGUGCCUGAAAACCAUGUCUUGCCAGGGAGCAUGAAGGACAAUUUCUGGGAAAUGGGAGAGACAGGUCCGUGCGGCCCUUGCUCUGAGCUGCAUUUUGAUCGGAUUGGUGGGAGGCAAGCUGCUCACCUUGUUAAUCAGGACGAUCCUGACGUACUUGAAAUUUGGAACCUUGUGUUUAUCCAGUUCAACAGGGAGAGUGACGGCUCUCUGAAGCAGCUUCCAAAGAAGCACAUUGAUUGUGGUAUGGGAUUUGAGCGACUUGUGUCUGUCAUACAGAACAAACGGUCCAACUAUGAUACUGACAUCUUUAUCCCCAUAUUUGAAGCCAUUGAAAAAGGCACUGGAGCUCGUAAAUACCAAGGUCGAGUUGGAGCUGAAGACACAGAUGGCAUGGACAUGGCCUACCGAGUGCUUGCUGACCAUGCUCGAACCUUAACUGUGGCUCUCUCAGAUGGUGGACGUCCUGAUAACACAGGACGAGGAUAUGUCUUAAGGCGCAUUCUUCGUCGAGCUGUUCGAUACGCCACAGAAAAACUGAAUGCAAAGCCAGGUUUCUUCAGCUCCCUUGUUGACACAGUUGUGAGCCUGCUGGGAGAAACUUUCCCUGAAGUUACCAGAGAUCCUGGGUCUGUCAAGGAAAUAAUAAAUGAGGAAGAGGCCCAGUUCUUGAAAACCUUGGCGCGUGGCAGGUCUCUGUUCAACAGAACUGUAGAUAAACUGGAAGCUGGCACUAGUGUACUACCAGGCGAAGUCGCUUGGCGUUUGUAUGACACUUACGGCUUCCCAGCUGAUUUGACCCAACUCAUGGCUGAGGAAAAGGGACUCAUUGUUGACAUGGAUGUGUACGAGAGCUGCAAGACCCAAGCACAGUUGGCUUCAAACGCUCGAGCUGCUCUUGCCGAUGAUCAACUUUCUCUGGAUGUGCAUGCUAUUACUGAUCUGCAAAACAAAGGAGUGCCACGUACUAAUGAUAGCUUCAAGUACAAUUACAAGGCUGGAGAUUCCAAGGACUCCGCUUAUGAUUUCGCUCCCUGCACUGGUAAAAUAAUAGCACUGCGAAUUGAGAAGAAGUUUGUUGACAAAGUUGAGGCUGGACAAGAUUGUGGCAUGAUUUUGGACAAGACCUGCUUCUAUGCUGAGCAGGGUGGACAAAUUUUUGAUGAAGGUUACAUGACCAAGAAGAAUGAUGAGUCUGUUGAGUUCUGUGUGAAGAAUGUCGCCGUCAGAGGUGGCUACGUCAUACACAUUGGCCAUCAAGGCUCUGGUACCCUGAAAGUUGGAGAUGAAGUCAAUCUGAAACUUGAUUGCGAGAGGCGACGCCAGAUCAUGGCUAAUCACACUGGCACCCAUAUUUUGAACUUUGCCCUAAGGAAUGUUCUUGGUGGCGAAGCAGAUCAAAAAGGCUCACUUGUUGCUGCAGAUCGAUUUAGAUUUGACUUCACUUGCAAGAAAGCAAUGACUGCAGCCCAAGUGAAGGAGACUGAGCAGAUAACCAACAAGAAAAUAUCCCAAAAUGAACAGGUGUUUGCCAAAGAAGCCUCGCUGGGUGUAGCCAAAUCCAUAAGAGGUCUCAGGGCCAUGUUUGAUGAAGCAUACCCGGAUCCGGUCAGAGUGGUUUCUGUUGGAGUACCAGUUGAGACAUUGGAGAAAGAUCCUGACAGCAAUGUUGGCAUGGGAACUUCUGUCGAAUUUUGUGGUGGAACACACAUGCUGAAAACUGGACACAUUGGCCAGUUUGUCAUAACUAGUGAAGAAGCCAUAGCUAAAGGAAUUAGGCGAAUCAUCGCAAUGACUGGCAAUGAAGCCGCCAAGGCUGUCAAAAAGGCUGAAGUCUUAGACAAUGAGGCAAACCAACUUGCUGACCAAGCUAAAUCUCUGCUGAAGCAGCAGGAUAAGAAAGCAGCAAAGGAUUUGGUUAAGAAAAUUGUAGCUCUGAAUGAUGAUGUUUCGCAUGCCAUCAUUCCAUACUGGAAAAAGGAGGAACUUCGUAAAAAUCUCUCAGCGCUCAAGAAGAAUUUGGAUGAUCAGGAAAGAGCUGGUAAGGCAGAAGUGUCUGCAAACGUUUUGACUGAGGUCAAAGAAAUAAUGGAGAAGAAGGGUGGAAAGCCAGAAUUACUGGUUGCUGAACUCAAAGCUCUGUCAAACACUAAGGCUCUGGAUGGUGCGUUGAAGCAAGUCCGCUCCAUAUGCGCUGACACCAGUGCUAUACUGUUCAGCGUAGACCAAGCUGCUGGCAAAAUAGUUUGCCUCAGCGCUGUCCCACCGUCAGGAAUAGCAAAGGGCCUACGAGCUAAUGAUUGGAUUACGGAGGUGGCUCCCUUGAUGAAAGGAAAAGGCGGAGGUAAACCAGAAGCUGCUCAGGCUUCUGGCACCAACAUAGCGUGCCUGCAAGAAGCCAUCCAAAAGGCACAGGCAUUUGGAGAAUCAAAACUUGGUUCUGCUGGUAGCGCCACCCAGAAAGGAGCUAUUGUGGUGGCUAAGUCUCAAGGAGGCAGUCCUUUGGAAGCACUAGUUGAGGCAUUAGCCAAAGUGAAGGGUGUCAAGGUGGACAAAAGUAACCAAGGAGAAGUGACCAUCAAGGUUGGGAGUGAGACUAUCCAUGGUUGCGUGGCAAUCUCCAUCUACCUUGCCAAUGAAGAAUUGAAGGGAGGAAAUGAUGCAUUGGGACAGAGCCAAGUGCUCCAGUGGUUGUAUUUUGCUGAGAACCACCUUGUUCAUUAUGCCCAGCGAGGAAAGGAUUGUCCUCAACUGAAGGAUUCGCUCAAAGCACUAGACAAGCAUCUGCUUUACAACACCUACUUAGCCACAGAGAGAGUUACAAUUGGCGACCUGGCUGUUUACAGUGCCUUGAAGAGUGUCAAAGAUGCAGCAAACCAACUUCGCUGCUUGAAGAGGUGGAGCUCAACUCUAGCUGUCCACCCCAUUGGAAAACAGAUUUCCAAUUAAUUAAUUAAUUAUUGAUACCCACUGUCGAAAUAAACUGGUGGCUGGAUAAAUUUUUUGAUAAUUUUAA